UCAAUCUGCGGUUAUCAAUGCACCGUGCACUGCCGGUGAUUGACAGCCCAAUUCUUUACCGCGUAGAGCAAAAAAAUAUUAUAAAAUACGAGCAUAGGUGAUUGGAAGAGGAAAGGGACGAACGGUCAUAUCAUUCUCCAUAGUCAUGCCGAUGAACCAAGCGGCAAUACUGAAAGUGGGCUUGGUUUUAAUGGGAGUGUGCUUGUUCGGUUACAUAGUGGGUCGACCUUUGUACUGGCACUUCAUGGAGGGUUUAGCCACUGUGAGCCGUUCCUCCACCAACUGCGAUCCUUGCCCCUGUGAUUGCUCCUCUCAGCCUCUCCUUUCCAUCCCUGACGGAUUAAGCAACGCAUCCUUCACAGAUUGUGCAAAGCAUGACCCAGAAGUGAGUGAAGACAAUGAAAGGAAUUUUGCAGAGUUACUGACAGAGGAACUGAAGCUCCGAGAAGCUGAAGCUGUGGAGAAUCAGCGACGUGCUGACAUGGCUCUGCUGGAGGCUAAGAAAUUAACUUCACAGUACCAGAAGGAAGCAGACAAGUGUAAUUCAGGUAUGGAAACAUGUGAAGAAGCAAGGGAGAAAGCUGAAGCAGCAUUAGAGGCGCAGAAGAAACUGACAGCAACUUGGGAGCAAAGGGCUCGUCAGAAAGGAUGGAAAGAAGGGAUGACCAAGUCACGUGCUCAGACUCAGGGAGCAACCCAAGCUGCGUAGAUUGGGCCAUGGUUUUGUAUAAAUAUUCAUGAGGUCUGCCCCAAGGGCAUGACAUUCACGAAUUUGAUAGAACUCUCAAAUCUCAUUUCUUUAUAUUGUGGUUAAUAGCUAUUAUACGCAUUUUGUCAUUUAUGAAAUGAAGCUCUUUGAAGGAA